GGUAACCCCCUACACACAUUUGGGAGGGGCCCCCAGCGGGUUGCUGAAGCUGUGGCUGAGGAGGAAGUGAGAGGAGGAGCCUGUGGUACCGGGGUCUGUGGCACCAUGGCCCAGGCCUUGGGGGAGGACCUGGUGCAGUCUUGCGAGCUGCAGGAUGACUCCAGCUCUUUGGGAUCUGACUCAGAGCUGAGUGGGCCUGGCCCAUACCGCCAGGCUGACCGCUAUGGCUUCAUUGGGGGCAGCUCAGCAGAGCCAGGGCCAGGUCACCCUCCUGCAGACCUUAUCCGUCAGAGAGAGAUGAAGUGGGUGGAGAUGACCUCACACUGGGAGAAAACCAUGUCUCGGCGGUACAAAAAGGUAAAGAUGCAGUGCCGGAAAGGCAUCCCCUCGGCCCUGCGGGCUCGGUGCUGGCCCUUGUUGUGUGGGGCCCACGUGUGUCAGAAGAACAACCCUGGCACUUAUCAGGAACUUGCUGAGGCCCCUGGAGACCCACAGUGGAUGGAAACCAUCGGCAGGGACCUGCAUCGCCAGUUCCCUCUGCAUGAGAUGUUUGUGUCACCCCAGGGUCACGGGCAGCAGGGGCUCCUGCAGGUACUCAAAGCGUACACCCUGUACCGGCCCGAACAGGGCUACUGCCAGGCCCAGGGCCCCGUGGCUGCCGUGCUGCUCAUGCAUCUGCCCCCAGAGGAGGCCUUUUGGUGCCUGGUACAGAUCUGCGAGGUUUACCUCCCUGGCUACUACGGGCCCCACAUGGAGGCUGUGCGGCUGGACGCUGAGGUGUUCAUGGCCCUGCUGCGGCGGCUGCUCCCGCGCGUGCACAAGCACCUGCAGCAGGUGGGCGUCGGGCCCCUGCUCUACCUGCCCGAGUGGUUCCUGUGCCUCUUCGCCCGCUCCCUGCCCUUCCCCACGGUGCUGCGUGUCUGGGACGCUUUCCUUAGCGAGGGUGUGAAGGUGCUGUUCCGGGUGGGGCUGACGCUGGUGCGCCUGGCGCUGGGCACUGCUGAACAGCGCCUGGCCUGCCCAGGACUCCUGGAGACACUUGGCGCCCUUCGAGCCAUACCGCCCACCCAGCUACAGGAGGAGGUCUUCAUGCCCCAGGUGCACAGCGUGGCCCUGUCCGAACAUGACCUGCAAAGGGAGAUCAAGGCCCAGCUAGCUCAGCUGCCUGCGACGGCAUCCGGGCCACCCCCGAGGCCGCAGGCCCGCCUGCCUGGGGCCCAAGCCAUCUUUGAGGCCCAGCAGCUGGCAGUAACUCGGGGAGGCACUAGGCCCGAGGUGCCCCGCAUCGUGGUGCAGCCCCCGGAAGAGCCCAGGCCGCCUCGGCGCAAGCCCCAGACCCGAGGAAAGACUUUCCACGGGCUGCUGACUCGGCCCAGGGGCCCCCCUAUUGAGAGCCCCUCAAGGUCCCAUCGCGGCUCGACCUCCUUCCUGGACACCCGAUUCUGAAGGACCACGGACUCAGUGUCCCCCAACCCAACUGCCAAAAUGGAUGAUGCCAGCCCCGAAGUGGGCGCCGCACUUUACAGCUGGGAUUCGAUGCCUCAGCUCCCUUCUCAGGGACUCUGUCAGGCACGAGGAUGAAGGAAGGUCACAGAGUGAGGUUUCAGGGACCCUGGCCCACCGUCUGCCCACAGAGCUGUCCGGAUGCCUGAGCCUUUGCAAGCAAAAAGCUGGUGCUUGAAGGAGCAUGGGGGUAAGGUGUGGGCUGGGCGAGGGGAGCCUGAAAGGCCCCUGGGGAGGCCUGGAAUAAAGUCUGAGUGGAAGCCUGUA